AUGCCACGUGCAGUAAGUUAUAAUGAUAUGAGCGAUUUAUCAUCGCAACAUAUUAUUAUGACAUCUGAUACUCAACAUUCAAGUUUUGAUGAUUCAAUUCCAACACCAACUAUUAAAGGACAAUUUGAUUUUUCUUCGAAAGCCAGGUUUGUGCAACGACUUGAAUUAAUGCGUGAAAUGUAUACAAAUGCUGCUGAUAUUUCACCAACAUCACCUGAUCAAAAUCUUGAAUCAAUAUUAACUGGUGAUAUGUCAACAUCUACAAUUCAAACUGAUCCAUUUUAUGAUCGUUUUCCUUGGUUUCGACCAAUUGGAAGAGCAUUUGUUUAUUUAACAAAUCUUUUAUAUGGUAUACCAUUAGUACAAAAUGUUGCUAUUGUAUCUGAACAUGGUGAAAUAAAAGGUUAUUUAAAAGUAGCUGUACAACAAUUACAAACAACUGAUACAACUAAUGAACAAAUUAAACUAAUGAGAACAUAUAGAAAUGCAAGUGGAAUGACAAAAAUUAUUUUUGAUGAUGAAAAUUAUUUUCAAACUAUGAAAAGUUCAUCUACGGGUGAUUUAAUAAAAGCAUGUGAUUCUAUGGAUUCACAUUUUCGUUAUGUCGAAGGACAAUCUCAAUUUGGUCUUAAUGAUAUUUUACAGCAAAAAAUGAUUUCUGAUUUUUCACCAUCAUCUAAUCUUUCUAAAUUAUCUCAAAUAAUACUUAAAAAUGAUAUUUCAUCAAAUGAAUUCGUACCACAACUUGGUAUUGAAUAUCAAUUUCGUGUAACAGUUUUAGAAGCAUCACAAAUAUCAUCAGAUUAUGCAGAUAUUUUUUGUCAAUUUAAUUUUUUACAUCAACAUCAUGAAGCAUAUUCAACCGAACCACUUAAAAAUCAAGGCAAACCAGGACCACCAUUAGGUUUUUUUCAUGUACAAAAUUUCAGUGUUAUUGUAACACAUUCAUUUGUUGAUUAUCUUCGAACAAAACCAAUUGUAUUCGAAGUAAUGGGUCAUUAUCAAGAAUAUUUAAGUCCAACAAAGAAUAAUUUAACAACAACAACAACAAAUCGUUCACCAACAACUACGGUAGCAUCAUUAACUUUUUCAAAACCAGUUCCUGCUCAAACACUUAAUCCAAUAGCAGCUGUUAGGUUAGUUAAAAAAUGUGAUGAAUACAAUCGUUCAAUGUUAAUAUUCGAUAUUGAUUCUUUAAUAAUGCUUAGUGUAUCAGAUUCAUCGAUGUCAAAAUCAGUUUCAAUAUCAAAUAUACAUUUAUAUCAGUUUAUUCGAGAAAAAUGUAAAAAAGCUGUUGUUGAACAACCACCAACUGAUGAAAAUGCUCCGAAAAGUAGUAUAAGUUUAAAAGAAAAAUGGAUGGUAAUGGUUGUUAAACAUCCACUGCUUCGUAGUCUUUUAGUUGAAGAUAUCGAAUUUAAGAAAACUCUUCGACAAACUCAACAAGAUCAUGAAGAUGAAGAAAAACGUCUCGAUGGUGAAACUGUUAAAACAUGUCCUAAAUGUCAUCAAACAUAUACUUCAUCGGAAAAUAAAUAUGGCAAUUGUCAAUAUCAUGAUGGAUAUAUUGUUGAUCUUGAUCAUGCAGAAAAAAAAUUAUCUCAAGAUGAAGCACAAAAAGAAAUUCAAAAAGCUCAAAUAAUUGCAUCGACUACUAGUGGAGAUUCAACGGAAAAACCACAAGUACCAAAAUUAAUGUGGGCAUGUUGUUUGGCAUUUUUUGAAGGAGGUGACCCGUGUAAAGUUGGUGUCUGUGGAUUAUCGGAAGAAAUAUCCGAAGAAGAUAUCCAACCAAAUACAGGUUUGGUAACUCUUGUUCAAGAUUAUUUCAAGAAAAAUGAAUUAGCUGAGAAGAAAAUAAAAGAAGCUACAGAUCUUUACAAACAAGCCAAAGCAAAAGCAGAAAGAACCGUUCUAAAACCCAUAACAGAAACUCCUAGUCGAUCAACAUUUACUGCAUCUUUACCUGUUCGUCGAAAAUAA